AUGAAUCAAUAAUAUCUACAAGGAGAUGUUGAAGAUUAUGGAUUCAAAUAACAAUAACCAAAAAAAUAUAUUUAAGUCUCUACCUAUAGUGAUAUAUAUUAUGAUGUAUAGAAAAUCAAGAAGUUUGAAAAUGGAGUUGAAAUAAUAGAAUUAAAUGAUGCAUUGCAUCAAGGCAAAGUUUCCCAAUUGCAUACAUGUAGCCAUCACAUCUAAAUUAAGUUUAUACCAUGAAAUGGAUGGAAUACUUGUCUGAACUUGAGAUUGAGUUAAAAGCCAUUCUCUUAGAUAGAGCACUCAUUGUCCCUGACCUAAAUCAAUAUGUCAAUAAGCGUCUUUAGCCAAUGAUAGAAGUCACUCUAGAUAAAGUGUAUUGACCUUCUUUCUAACUAGUCUAAAUGAAACCAGCAAAUUAAAGAUCUAAUGCUACAUCAAUGAGAUCCUACUUCUAGUUCAAAAGGUCAGUCUUAAAAUAUGGAAAGAAUAUCCUCAGAUUUCUUUAGCACUUUUAAAACGUUUGCACUCUACCCAAAGUAAUUCUCUCUAUGUGAGUAAAAUUCGUGAAUUAAGUGUGUAUAUAGAUACAUUAAAUGACUUUUAUGGUGAAAGAUUGCAUCAUGGUGUUAGCUAUGAAGCUGAAGGCUAUAAUAAUGUUUAAUAUACAGAACCCUAUAAUUCCAAGUCUUUUUAUCCAUUAAAGGGGGAGAUUUUAGAUUCUUUUCGAUUGAAUUAUGAUGUGUUAACUUUUUCUCCAUUUUAAAGAAUAUAAGUUCAUUAUUUCUAUAAGAAUGGAGGAUUUGCUUUAUUGGAUGAUGCAAUUAGGAAUUUUAAUCUAAAUUAUUUAGAUAUCUUUCCCAUAUUCCAAUAUCUUUAUUGUUUAUUGGAUAGAUAGAUAUAUUUGAAUUAUUUCCAUCAUUUAGAGUUUUAGAAUUUGACAUCAAAAUUAACAGAAGAAGAAAUAAAGAAUUCUAAUAGAGAUACAAUUAAAAAGUUGACUGAUGGAAUAGAGAAUAUGUUUGAUUAAUUUUAUAAUUCUUCUUAGAAAAAAGAGUUGAUUGCUAUGGCUGAAAUGAGUGUAUAUUUAUAAUGUUUCCGUUGCACAGCUUUAGAGAAGAGAAUUUAUGGUAUUAAAUUAUUAAAACAAUUUAAGGAUUAUAACAAUUUUGUGAUAAAAUAAAUACUGCUUAGUCUAAUGAAUUUAUGGGUCAAUAAUAUUAUGUAUAGGAUGAAUGGUAUAAAAAUGAUAAUGUAUUAAAAUACAUAGUAGAUAAUUAAGUAUUUUAAGAGUUAUUUGGAGAAAAAGCUCAUUUUGAAUUAAUUAAAAGAAGUUUUCCAAUAAUUCAAUUUCUAUAUUUGCAUCAUAAAUUAAGUAAAGAUGAAAUCUUGUGUAUUCUAAGAUUAGGAAAAGGUAAACAUGAAACAUGGGAUAAUAUGAUAUCUAAAUUACUUACAGAUUUAGCAGAAAUCUUAUCAUUAGAAGAUGUUGAAACAUUAAUAUAAAAUAUAUAAUAGAAUUAGAUAGAUUAAAAUGGACUUAAUUUUAUUAAAAGUUUGGGUAGAAACAAAUAUUUAAGAUAAGAUUUAGAUAAUAAUUACAAUAAAGGAAUUGGAAAUGAUGAUGAUAAAUUUGUAAUACAGAAUGAGAGAAUGAGUGGUUAAAGAAAGUAUUAAUAAAUUGACACAGAUUAUAAAGUAAUAGAAUAAAAUAAUAAUGAAAUUAUAGAAUAUUGUAAUAAUGAAAAGGCUAUAAAAUUAAAAUCUUAAAUUGUUGAAUUCUUAUUGAAUAUAGUACAUGAAUAACCAACUACUGAAAUUGGUUAGUCAGCUUUAAUAAUUGCUAUCAAUUUAAUUUGUCAUUAAUUUAAAUCAUUAAGAUAAUAAUAUUUAUUACUUGGAUUUUCAAAUUUAAUUGCUAAAGAAUAACCAUUACCUGUUUGUAAUUACAUUACUGUUUUAUAAAAGAUUAUUUCAUCAUCCUAUCCAUUAGAUAAAUUUACUAAUUCUAAAGAUGUGUUGAAAUGGAUCUAAGAUAAAUAUGAUAUUAAAUUAAACUUUUUAAGAGUAAUGGGUAGAGAAAAAUUAAAAUUGCUAAAAAGAGAUAGUAAAGAUUAUUAUCUAUAAACAAUUGAAUAAUUUGUUAAAUUUUAUCAAUUUCUUCAUUAAGAUUCAAAAAUCACAAGAGAUUAAUUAAUGAUAUUAUGGAAAUUGUUAGUAGAAAAUGCAAAAUGUGUAGAAGAGAGAGAUCUCUUUUUUAAUUGGGUAGGAGAUGUUAAUAAAAAAUUUUUAGAUUAAGAGGCUAUAGAAUUAUUAUUUAUAUCAACUAUUAAAUGUUCAUCUCUUAGUUAAUCUAUGUUAUAAUGUUUAACAAAUUUAAUUUUAUAUUUCAAUGUUUAAUAUAAAGUAAUGAAAUUAUAAUAUGAUUAAUAUACAAUUCUGGAUGCAGACAUUAUUGGAUUAUAAGUAUUAUGGAAGAUAUUUAAAUAAUAAGAGAAAUUGGGAUCUUAAUUAUAAGAAUUCUUCAUUAGACUAUUAAGAUUUAAAUAAUAAUAGAGUAUUUUAAAUAAAUUAAAAUAAUAAUACUUAGUGUAAUUAUUUAAUUAAAUUGAUAAUCCCAAUUCUCUAUCAUUCAUAAUCAAAUUAUUAGAAGAAUUUGAAGGAUAUAAAUUGGUUGAAUAAGGUGAAAAGGUAUUUGUAACAAUUGAUAAUAAAUGUAUGGAUGCUAUGCCUCCAAAGAGAUAAGAUAUUUAAUUAUUAAGUGGAUUAACAGUAUAAUAAGCUAAAUAAAUAAUUGGAUAGAAAUUAAAUCCAUCAUUGAAACCAGAUGAAUUUGACAUAUUUUGUAGAGGAACUUUAUUUUAUGAUAAUAAAACACUUAAAGAUUACAAAGUUAAUUAAAAAUUGACAUUUGUAAUAUCAAAACGAGAAAUUAUAACAGAUGAAAUUAAUGCAUAUAAUAGUACAACUAAUUAGAUAUAAAAUGAAUAUGUACCAAGUGAUGCAGAUGAUAAAGUGUAAGAAAUUAUGUAAAUUGUUUAAAUGUAAGACAAAGAUUUUAUAAUUUCUGUAUUGAAAGAAAAGAAUUGGUAAGUAGAAAAUGCAAUAUGUGAUAUUUUGGAUCGUGGAGAUCAAUUACUUUUAGAAUACUAAUAAAAGAAUCAUUAGGUUAAGAAAUAAAAACCUAUAAUGAAAUAAUAAAUUGAUGAAAUCUCAUUUGCUUCAUUAAUCUCAAAUAAUUAUAUUGAUUAAUUAUUCAUUCUACUUAAUUAAGAAAAUCAAGAAUAAAAUACUAAAAUUUGGUCUAUCUUAUAAAUAAUUCCUAGAAAUAAAGAAGUAUAUGAAUUAAUUGAAUAAUCAUAAACAGAUUGGUGUAAUUUAUUGUUAGUAGAUAACAAAUAUAAAUUAUAAUAUCAUUUACAAAUUCUUAAAGAAUAAUUGUAAUGUGAUUUUAUUGAAGAUUAAGAUGAAUAUGAAAAACGUAAAACAUUAAGAGAAAACUUUUUACAUUAUGGUGGCUUAAAAUUACUAUUAUUUUAAUUAGACAAUCCAAUUGAAAUCUUAAUCAUAAUUUUAGAUAUAUUCUAAAUAUACUUUUCUGCUUAUUCAAUGAGUAGAUUAAUGAUGAAUUAAAUUGAAUUCUUAUAAUUAUUAAAAUUAAAGUAAGCUAUAUAAUAGAAAGAUGAAGAUCCUAAAAUAUGUAGUCUAUUGAGUAUAUAACUAUAGAAAUAAGACAAACCAAAUAUUUAAGGAUAUGAUGAAGCAUAUCUAUUAUAAAAAGUAUUCUAUAAUUGUGAAUUAGAUGUAGAAUGGGAUGUAUUAUUAGAUGCUCUAAUUCAAAGAAUUGGAGUUGAAUAAAUAUACACAAAUAUCUUAUGUAUCUUAUAUAUGAGACCUUAAUUACUUAAAUUUGAAUUGCCUAUUAAUAGAUUAGUUCAAUUAUUAAAUAAUCCAAAUGAAGAAUAAAGAAAAAUGACAGCUUAUUUUAUUCUUACUCUUCAAGAUAUUGGAAAGAAAAAUGAUGUGAAUUUAAGUAAUGAUAUUUUAAAGGCUUUAAUAAAAGCAGAAACUUAGUAUGAUGAAUUAUAUUUAGUGAUUGCUGGAUUAAUUUGUUAAGUGAAUGAUUUAACAUUAUUUGAUACUCAUUAAUUGGCUUAAUAAAUAAUAUCAUUAAUUUCAAAUAGAGAAAUUAUUGAAUAAAGAUUCAUUGAAAAUGAAGAUAAAUUAUUAUAAGGUAAUCUAUUAUUAUUGACUUCUUUAUUAUAAGUUGAUAAAAACAUUAAAGUAAAUAUUGAAUUUACAAAAUACUUAUAUUAAUGUUUAUUUGAAAUGCAAAAUGAUUAUUAUAAAUAUCCUGUUUAUAAAAGAAAAUUAACUAGAAAGAGAGUAUUCUAAUUAUUAUUAGAAUUAUGUAAAGAUGAAACUCAUUUAUAAGUGAUGUUACCUUUGAUUUAAAGUCAUCAUUAAUUAAAAUUUGAUAUCAAUGAAGUAGAUAUGGAUUUGGGAGUUAAAGGUUCACAUGGUUUUGUUGGAUUAAGAAAUCUUGGAGCUACUUGUUAUAUUAAUUCUCUAUUAUAAUAAUUCUAUAUGAAUUUACCUUUAAGAAAAGGGAUCUUAAAUGGUUAGAUCAUGAUUACUGAAAUGAAGGCUCCUCUCAUUUUUGAUAAUAUUAGUGCUAUUGAUUCAACUACUUUACAACGUAAAUUAACAGAUCAUACUUUACAUUAAUUAUAAUUAGUAUUCAUUCAACUCUAAGAAUCUGUAAAACAAUAUAUUAAUCCACAUUAAUUGAUUAAAACUUUAAAGGGAUUUGAUGGAGAAGUUAUCAAUGUUCUUAUUUAAUAAGAUUGUAAUGAAUUUUUUNAUUAGACAAUCCAAUUGAAAUCUUAAUCAUAAUUUUAGAUAUAUUCUAAAUAUACUUUUCUGCUUAUUCAAUGAGUAGAUUAAUGAUGAAUUAAAUUGAAUUCUUAUAAUUAUUAAAAUUAAAGUAAGCUAUAUAAUAGAAAGAUGAAGAUCCUAAAAUAUGUAGUCUAUUGAGUAUAUAACUAUAGAAAUAAGACAAACCAAAUAUUUAAGGAUAUGAUGAAGCAUAUCUAUUAUAAAAAGUAUUCUAUAAUUGUGAAUUAGAUGUAGAAUGGGAUGUAUUAUUAGAUGCUCUAAUUCAAAGAAUUGGAGUUGAAUAAAUAUACACAAAUAUCUUAUGUAUCUUAUAUAUGAGACCUUAAUUACUUAAAUUUGAAUUGCCUAUUAAUAGAUUAGUUCAAUUAUUAAAUAAUCCAAAUGAAGAAUAAAGAAAAAUGACAGCUUAUUUUAUUCUUACUCUUCAAGAUAUUGGAAAGAAAAAUGAUGUGAAUUUAAGUAAUGAUAUUUUAAAGGCUUUAAUAAAAGCAGAAACUUAGUAUGAUGAAUUAUAUUUAGUGAUUGCUGGAUUAAUUUGUUAAGUGAAUGAUUUAACAUUAUUUGAUACUCAUUAAUUGGCUUAAUAAAUAAUAUCAUUAAUUUCAAAUAGAGAAAUUAUUGAAUAAAGAUUCAUUGAAAAUGAAGAUAAAUUAUUAUAAGGUAAUCUAUUAUUAUUGACUUCUUUAUUAUAAGUUGAUAAAAACAUUAAAGUAAAUAUUGAAUUUACAAAAUACUUAUAUUAAUGUUUAUUUGAAAUGCAAAAUGAUUAUUAUAAAUAUCCUGUUUAUAAAAGAAAAUUAACUAGAAAGAGAGUAUUCUAAUUAUUAUUAGAAUUAUGUAAAGAUGAAACUCAUUUAUAAGUGAUGUUACCUUUGAUUUAAAGUCAUCAUUAAUUAAAAUUUGAUAUCAAUGAAGUAGAUAUGGAUUUGGGAGUUAAAGGUUCACAUGGUUUUGUUGGAUUAAGAAAUCUUGGAGCUACUUGUUAUAUUAAUUCUCUAUUAUAAUAAUUCUAUAUGAAUUUACCUUUAAGAAAAGGGAUCUUAAAUGGUUAGAUCAUGAUUACUGAAAUGAAGGCUCCUCUCAUUUUUGAUAAUAUUAGUGCUAUUGAUUCAACUACUUUACAACGUAAAUUAACAGAUCAUACUUUACAUUAAUUAUAAUUAGUAUUCAUUCAACUCUAAGAAUCUGUAAAACAAUAUAUUAAUCCACAUUAAUUGAUUAAAACUUUAAAGGGAUUUGAUGGAGAAGUUAUCAAUGUUCUUAUUUAAUAAGAUUGUAAUGAAUUUUUUAAUUUAAUAACUGAUAAAUUAGAAUAGGAUUAGAAAUUUACUAAUUAAUCAAAUCUAAUACCUUAAAUAUUAGGUGGUACAUUAAUAAAUGAAAUUAAAUCAUUAGAACCUGAUUAUGAUUUUAGAAGAGAAAAUGAAGAACCAUUUUUAACUGUUUCAGUAGAUAUUAAACAUAAGAAAUGUCUUGAAGAAGCAUUAGAUUUAUUUGUUAAAGGAGAUGUUUUAGAUGGAGAGAAUAAAUAUUUAUGUGAAGAAGUAUAAAGAAAGAUAGAUGUUUAAAAGAGAUAAUAUUUUAAGAAAUUACCUAAUACAUUCAUUUUCCAUCUAAAAAGAUUUGAAUUUGAUUACAAUACAAUGUUAAGAAUUAAAAUAAAUGAUUAUUUUGAAUUCCCUUAAGAAAUAAAUAUGUUUAAAUGGACACGUGAUCAUAUAGUUGAAAAUAUGGAAAUUUAAGAUUAAAGUGAUUAUAUGUACAUACUUAAAGGAGUAUUAGUACAUGUUGGUGGUGCAGAAGGAGGACAUUAUUAUUCAUUUAUUCGAGAUGUUGAUAAAUGGUAUGAGUUUAAUGAUAAAGUUAUUUGUCCAUUUAAAAUAGAGAAUUUAAAAACUGAAUGUUUUGGAGGAGGUAAUAAUAAUUUAUCAGAAUGGGGAAUAAGUAAUAGUAAAAAUGCUUAUAUUUUAUUCUAUGAGAAAGUAAAACAUAAUAUUCCUGAAUAAUUAUAUAUGAGAGGUACAAAUGAGGAAUUAUUGAUUUAAUAAGUAAUAAGUGAAAAUACUGAUUAUUUGAAGAAUUAAUUAUUUUGUGCUCAAGAUUACUUGAAAUUCAUUUAAACAUUUGUAUAAACAUUGUAAAUCAAAAAUCAAUUUAAAGUGACUCAAUUAUUAUCUAAAGAAAGUAAUUUAUAUGAAUUGGAUACUCUUCCAUCUUUGAGAAUGAUUAAAUUAUUAACUUUCUUCACUUAUGAAGUAUUACUUAGGAAUAAAGAUUAAUAGAUGUUUUAAUAUAAUAUUUAGAUAUUAAGUGAUAUGUACAAAUAAGAACCAGCUGCUAAUUUCUGGUUUUUAGAUUUAUUAAGAAAUCAAAAAUAAUUAAUUAUUGAUUUAUUGAUAGAAUCUUCAUAUUCAGAUGUUAGAAAUGCCUUUGCAUAAUUGAUUAUUCAAUCAAUAACUAUAAUUAUAGAAUAUGAACAAUAAUAUUUAUUUGAAGAUUCAUGUAUAGGUAGAUUCCUUUAAUUCUAUAUAAAAUCACUUUUAGGAAUAGUAAAAAAUACUCUUAGAAGAGGAACUGAAUACUUUUAAGUUAUUAAAUAUAUUUUAGUUACUAAUCAACUAUUAGUGAAAUACUUUUAUUAGCAAGAAUAUUUUAAAUAGGUUUAUUAAUUAUUAUAAGAAUAAGUAUCAGAAGUACAAAUAGGUACAUCAUUAAAAUUGUAGUAAUUGUAAACUAAUAACACAGAUUAACCAUUAAUGAUAAUCAGUGAUAUUAUUGCUAAAGUGAUAAUGAGUUGUAGAACAUAGAGUAUGAUUGAUUUAAACGAGGAUGCUCCAACUUAUCUAUUCAAAGGAUAAAAAGAAUUAAAUAUUGAUGAAUUUUGGUUAAAAAGAUUAUUAGAAAGUGAUGAUUUCAAAAAAUACAUAUUAGCUAUGAUUUAAUUCCAACCAAAUUUGAUUGAUAUGAUCAAACAUAUUUGUUGGAAAAAUCAUAGUACAAGUUAUCAUAUAAUGACAUUGUUAGUAUCCUCAUUCUUAGAAUAUUUAAUUGAUUGGUAAUUAUUGGAACCACUUUCUUAAACUAUUGAAAACUUGUUUAAAAUGGAUGAUGGUUUGGUAGAAAUACGUUUACAAGGUUUAUUAUGUGAACCUUUUAAGACAUUAUCAUGUGUUAAAGGUUCAUCAAUAAUGAAUGCAAUCAUAUAUUAAUAUGAUAAAGAUAAGAAUUAUUGUUUUUGUAUGAUUGCAAUACUUGCAAAUUUGGCAACUUAAGUCAAUUAUGUUGGUGAAUACUUCAAGAAAAAUAAAGAAUAAUUCGAAAUUUUACUUUUGAAAGCUAGAGAUUAUAAGAAUAUUAUGUAUGGAUUAUACUUUCCAGUAAUGAAGAUUUAGAAAUCUAUUCAAUAAGUAAUAUGAUUAUACUAUAAAUAUUUAUUAGUUAUCUGCAAUAUUUGAGGAGACUGAAAAACCAACUAUUUAAGUCUUUAAUCCAAUCUCCAAUUAAAUGGCUUAAGAGGAACCUGAACCAGAAGACUCCAAUAUUCAAGUGAUUAAUCUUAUUGAGCAGAAUAAGUCCAAUUAUACUUAGACUAAAGAAGACUCUAUGGACAAUAACAAUUCAUCUGAUAGAGAGAAUCCAACUGAUGAAUUAUCAGAAUGAAUAAUAAUAUAUUAAUU